GUGCAGUGGCAGUCCGCCCGGCUCGGAGCCUGGUGUUGCAGUGGGGUUUGAAUUUGUACCUUUAAGGAGCGGGGAGAGGAGGAAGAGGCGGGCGAGGAGGGCGAGUACAGCAAGCGGCAGUUGCGGGGACCGUAGCUUCAGCCGCAGCUCCGAGGCAGAGCCCGCUACGCUUUCGGUGGAGCGUCUGGACACGGGAUGGAGUGAAGCCUCGAGUGCCUCUCCUACGGGGGGUGGGAGGGUGUCAGGCGGUGCCGAGGAGAGAGGGAGAGAGAGAGAGAGAAAGAAGAAGAAGCCGCGGCUGGCGCCUGCGAAUUUGGGAUUCAAUCGGGAGGGACCGCUUACUCGGGGGAAAUGGAUUCUGUACCGAGGCUGACCAGCGUUUUUACUUUGCUGUUCUCCGGCUUGUGGCAUUUAGGAUUAACAGCGACAAAUUACAACUGUGAUGACCCGUUAGCAUCCCUACUCUCUCCAAUGGCUUUUUCCAGUUCCUCAGACCUCACGGGUACUCAUAGCCCAGCUCAACUCAACCGAAGAGUUGGAACUGGUGGUUGGUCUCCAGCAGAUUCCAAUGCUCAACAGUGGCUCCAGAUGGACCUGGGAAACAGGGUAGAGAUUACAGCAGUAGCCACGCAGGGAAGAUACGGAAGCUCUGACUGGGUGACGAGUUACAGCCUGAUGUUCAGUGACACAGGACGCAACUGGAAACAGUAUAAGCAAGAAGACAGCAUCUGGACCUUUGCAGGAAACAUGAAUGCUGACAGCGUGAUGCACCACAAGUUACUGCACUCAGUGAGAGCUCGCUUCGUUCGCUUUGUGCCCCUAGAAUGGAAUCCAAGUGGAAAGAUUGGCAUGAGGGUGGAGGUCUAUGGAUGCUCCUAUAAAUCAGAUGUUGCUGACUUUGAUGGCCGAAGCUCCCUUCUGUAUAGGUUCAAUCAGAAGCUGAUGAGCACUCUCAAAGAUGUGAUCUCUCUGAAGUUCAAGAGCAUGCAAGGAGAUGGGGUUCUGUUCCAUGGAGAAGGUCAACGUGGAGACCACAUCACCCUGGAGCUCCAGAAGGGGAGGCUUGCCCUGCACCUCAACUUGGAUGACAGCAAACCUCGGCUCAGCAGCAGCCCACCCUCGGCCACCCUGGGCAGUCUGCUGGAUGACCAGCACUGGCACUCGGUCCUCAUUGAGCGGGUCGGCAAGCAGGUGAACUUCUCUGUGGACAAGCACACACAGCACUUCCGCACCAAGGGCGAGGCGGAUGCCUUAGACAUCGACUAUGAGCUUAGUUUUGGAGGAAUUCCAGUACCAGGAAAACCUGGGACCUUUUUAAAGAAAAACUUCCAUGGAUGUAUUGAAAACCUUUAUUACAAUGGAGUAAACAUAAUUGACCUGGCUAAAAGACGAAAGCAUCAGAUCUACACUGUGGGCAAUGUCACUUUUUCCUGCUCCGAACCACAAAUUGUUCCCAUCACAUUUGUCAACUCCAGCAGCAGUUAUUUGCUGCUGCCCGGCACCCCCCAAAUUGAUGGGCUUUCAGUGAGUUUCCAGUUUCGAACAUGGAACAAGGAUGGUCUGCUUCUGUCCACAGAGCUGUCUGAGGGCUCGGGGACCCUGUUGCUGAGCCUGGAGGGUGGAACCGUGAGACUCGUGAUUCAGAAAAUGACCGAACGCACAGCUGAAAUCCUCACAGGCAGCAGUUUGAAUGAUGGCUUGUGGCAUUCAGUUAGCAUCAAUGCCAGAAGGGACCGCAUCACUCUCUCUCUGGAUAAUGAUGCAGCAUCCCCGGCCCAGGACACCACCCGCGUGCAGAUUUAUUCUGGAAAUAGUUACUACUUUGGAGGGUGCCCUGACAAUCUCACCGAUUCCCAAUGUUUAAAUCCCAUUAAGGGUUUCCAAGGCUGCAUGAGGCUCAUCUUUAUUGAUAACCAGCCCAAGGACCUCAUUUCAGUUCAGCAAGGUUCCCUGGGGAAUUUUAGUGAUUUACACAUUGAUCUGUGUAGCAUCAAAGACAGGUGUUUGCCAAACUACUGUGAACAUGGAGGAAGCUGUUCCCAGUCCUGGACUACCUUCUACUGUAACUGCAGUAACACGGGCUACACUGGUGCCACCUGCCAUAACCCCCUCUACGAGCAAUCCUGCGAGGUGUACAGGCACCAAGGGAACACAGCUGGUUUCUUCUACAUUGACUCUGAUGGCAGUGGGCCACUGGGACCCCUCCAAGUAUAUUGCAACAUCAUAGAGGACAAGAUUUGGACAUCAGUUCAGCACAAUAACACAGAGCUGACCCGUGUGCAGGGUGCGGACCCCAAGAAGCCCUAUACCAUGGCCUUGGAUUAUGGCGGCAGCAUGGAGCAACUGGAAGCCAUGAUUGAUGGCUCAGAGCACUGUGAGCAGGAGGUAGCCUACCAUUGCAGAAGGUCCCGCCUGCUCAACACGCCAGAUGGAACACCAUAUACCUGGUGGAUUGGGCGGUCCAAUGAAAGGCACCCUUACUGGGGAGGUGCCCCACCUGGGGUUCAGCAGUGUGAAUGUGGCCUGGAUGAGAGUUGUCUGGACAUUCAACACUUCUGCAAUUGUGAUGCCGACAAGGAUGAAUGGACAAAUGAUACUGGCUUUCUUUCCUUCAAAGACCACUUGCCUGUCACUCAGAUAGUUAUCACUGAUACCAACAGAUCAAACUCAGAAGCUGCUUGGAGAAUUGGUCCCUUGCGUUGCUAUGGAGACCGGUACUUCUGGAAUGCGGUGUCAUUUUAUACAGAAGCCUCUUACCUCCACUUUCCUACUUUCCAUGCGGAGUUCAGUGCUGAUAUUUCCUUCUUUUUUAAAACCACGGCUCUAUCGGGAGUUUUCCUAGAAAACCUUGGCAUGAAAGACUUCAUCCGACUUGAAAUUAGCUCUCCAUCUGAGAUCACUUUUGCCAUUGAUGUUGGGAAUGGCCCCGUAGAGCUCAUAGUUCACUCUCCUUCUCUUCUGAAUGACAACCAAUGGCAUUACGUCCGGGCUGAGAGGAACCUCAAGGAGACUUCACUCCAGGUGGACAGCCUCCCAAGGAUGACCAGGGAGACUUCGGAGGAAGGCCAUUUCCGAUUGCAGCUGAACAGCCAGUUGUUUGUAGGGGGAACAUCAUCAAGACAAAAAGGCUUUCUAGGAUGCAUACGCUCCUUACACUUGAAUGGGCAGAAAUUGGACCUGGAAGAGAGGGCAAAGGUCACAUCUGGAGUCCGGCCUGGAUGCCCAGGUCAUUGCAGCACUUAUGGUAGCAUCUGCCACAAUGGGGGCAAGUGUGUGGAGAAGUACAGUGGGUACUUCUGUGAUUGCACCAAUUCACCAUAUGAAGGACCCUUUUGCAAAAAAGAGGUUUCUGCUGUUUUUGAGGCUGGCACUUCAGUUACUUAUAUGUUUCAAGAACCCUACCCAGUGACCAAAAAUAUAAGCCUCUCAUCCUCAGCAAUUUACGCAGAUGCAGCUCCAUCCAAGGAAAAUAUUGCAUUUAGCUUUGUGACAGCCCAGGCGCCCAGCCUCUUGCUCUACAUCAAUUCUUCUUCUCAGGAUUACCUGGCUGUCCUGCUCUGCAAGAAUGGAAGCUUACAGGUUCGCUAUCAGCUAAGCAAGGAAGAAACCCAGGUUUUCAAUAUUGAUGCAGAGAACUUUGCCAACAGAAGGAUGCACCAUUUGAACAUUAACCGCGAGGGAAGAGAGCUUACCAUUCAGGUAGAUCAGCAACUGCGACUCAGUUACAACUUCUCCCCAGAAGUCGAAUUCAGGGCCAUACGGUCACUCACCUUGGGCAAAGUCAAAGAGCAUCUUGGAUUGGAUUCUGAAGUUGCCAAAGCCAACACUCUGGGUUUUGUUGGAUGCCUGUCUUCAGUCCAGUAUAACCAGGUUGCACCCCUGAAGGCGGCCCUACGUCAUGCCACCAUUGCACCUGUGACUGUCCAUGGGACACUGACAGAAUCAAGCUGUAGUUCCAUAAUGGAUGUGGAUGUGAAUGCAGUGACCACGGUGCACUCUUCAUCAGAUCCCUUUGGGAAGACGGAUGAGCGAGAACCAAUCACUAAUGCUGUUCGAAGUGACUCGGCUGUCAUUGGAGGAGUAAUAGCGGUGGUGAUAUUCAUCAUCUUCUCUAUCAUCGGCAUCAUGACCCGGUUCCUUUACCAGCAUAAGCAGUCACACCGCACUAACCAGAUGAAGGAGAAGGAAUACCCAGAAAAUUUGGACAGUUCCUUUAGAAAUGACAUUGACUUGCAAAACACAGUGAGCGAGUGUAAACGGGAAUAUUUCAUCUGAGAAACUGCAGGGUCACAUAAUAUAUUCUCUUUUGGGUUGUUGUUAAAUUUUUCUCCUAUCUUUUAAUUUUGGUCAUUCUCCUUUUCCUAUCUGUUUGCCAAUUAUUUUUGGCACAUAACUUGUAUCAACCAUAGCAUCUAUCCCCUUGAUCCAGCCCGGAAGACCAGGCAGCUAUGGCCACUGCCUUCCUUUCUGACAAACUUAUUGUGGUGAUAAUGAUCACUUAAGAGACUGACUUUACUCCUCUAGACAAAGAAGAGACACAUGUGUGCACAUGUGCAUAUUCAGUUCUGUGUUUCCAGUUUCUAAGUAAGAUGCACUCUUUAGUUCCACAGCCAUUCUGUCUUGCAUUAAACCUCAGGCUUACUUUGAACCUGAGCUCUGUGAUAUAGGCAUAUGAUACUCAUCUUUGACAUCUUCCUUCAUCUCAAGUUCAUUCCUACCAGGGAACUCAGGGUAAAGAAAGAAGAUGCUAAAGGCCUGGUUCGCUUCAGUGGCACUUUCAAAGGAAUAAGAGAAGUUUGUUUUGUGCUGAUUUUCCUUACCAUAGGACGCCCAUUGCCCUAACUCAUCACCCUUUUUCACUUUGACUCUUAUCCCCUGAGUAUUUCAAAUAUAGGAUCCCUGAUAGUAGUGAGCUAUUGCUUUGCUCCUUUCUUACCACUCUCUCCUGGGGCUGACACUUUAGAACAGCACACAAUAGCAUAAACCUAGGGGAAGCAUGGAAAAUAGUAGCUUGAAACUAGGAGGUAAAAAAGAAAGCUGCUAGGAAGUAGAUGUUCUAUAAUUUCAAAAAUGCCUUUUCCCAUUUUUAAAGAAAUGUUAGCUAGGCUAUUCCUGGGAUUAUUAUACUGAGGUAUAUAUAUAUAUAUACUGCAGCAUAAAGAAAUUCUAAUAAAAGUCUAAAAUAGUACCUAGUUCCAUGAAAGAGCUUAAACCAUCUUAACUGAGCUUUAAAAACAAACAAAAACAAAAACAAAAUAAUAAUUUAAAAAACUGCAUGAAAGAAGAGAAAUACCAAGCAGGAUUCUUCCCUUCCAUCCACUCACGAAAGAUCUAGUGAAUAAAGUGAAUGCAGGUUUCAUGUUUUAAGGCAGACACAAUGACCCUCCUCUGUCCAUGGAGCCAUUCUCUGUGAGUUUCCGGGUACACUGACUGAUGGGGCAUUGUGGUUUGUCUAGCGAACCCUCACUGCUUAGUUUCAGAGGAGACCAUAGGUUCUACAGUACAUCACAUUUUCAAGUCAUCUACACCCUAUGUAUAUAAUACCCCCCAACGCACAUCUUUUUGUAGGCAUAGAAGCCAAGAUAAGAUGAUAGUAAGUUUCAGGGUCUUUGCCCCUCUUGAUAACUAAGCUUCGAAGAAACACAGUCAUUCCUUCAAGAAGGCAUCUCGAACUCAUCCACGAGGUGGUGAUAAGAAUCCUGAUGAUUUUUUGCUAUGGCAAUAAGUCUAACUUUUUGCCUCUGGGCCAUCUUGGAGAAAAAGAGAAGGGGAAAAUAAUAUCAAUCCUCCAGAAUGCUGGGAAUGCCAAUAUAAUGAUCCACAGAUGUGGAAAGUACUUGCCAAUUCUCUUUACAAGACAGAUUCGGUUUGGGAAACAAUUACCACAUCGCAGUUUGCCAGCCUUGACAGUUAGCAGACAUUCCAUCUUGUCCUUAGAGUGUCUAUCGCCUCUGAUUAUUUAACACUCCCCUGCACGGCCAGGCUCCCAAUGAGGAACUCAUUAGCUCCAUCUCAUUUCAAAUCCAUUUCCGGCUUUUCUUUCAGUGCCCGAGCACAUGGGUAAGGAUUCGGCUUGUAAUCAUAUUUCUCAACUUUAAGAUGUUGUUCUAGGUAUAUAUUUUCUUCUUAAAACUUUCUGUGGAUUCUUAAUCACUUCAUUAUAUCAUUUUUCUAGUAAAUUUAUUUAAAGUGAUUCCAACAUGGGCAUCUUUUUUUUUUCCCUUCCAGCUUUCUUAAUAAGAUGAAUGAUCCACUAAUAAGAGGAACGAUCUUUAAAUAUUGUUUUAUGCUGCCCUAUCCACCCUUAUUUCCAAUUUUCACUUUUGAAUUUUCUAUUUCCAUAAAAAGGCUGUAUAAAUCAGCCUUUUGUUUGGGUACAGAGUCCUUUGUCCCCUGAAAUAAAAAAAAUCACCAUGAAGUGCAGUGGGUUUAGCCUGAAGCAUCUCCAAUAAUGAAUUGGAAAGGCAAAGGAAGGUGUGAGUAAUAAAACUGGAACCCCUCAUUAUUCAAGUCUGUGAAAAGUGAGGACUAUAUUUUGCUGACAUAGUGCUGACAGAAGAAAUGGAGAACUAGCAAAGGCUAAUUCAGAGUAUUUGCUUUCCCCACCUACUUAUAUAUGCUCGUAGGUAGUUCUGUAGGGUGAAGACUCUGUGAAGCUCUAUCCUUGCCACAUCGGCCCUGCAGAAUCCACCAGCUCACCUCCCCGCGCAUGUAGACGAUGUAUACAUACACACAAUGACGUAUCACAGACCCAGAAACCAAUGCCAAGACAGUGCAAUUAGCACAUCACUCUUACAAGUAGAGUCUCAGGGCUAAAGCAGAAUUACAUUUACAGGGUUGGAUUAUUUCAUAACCCCAGAACACUAACUUUCACUAGAUAUAUAUGGAAACAAGCAAGCUGCUCCCCCCAAAGCAAAACACAAUUUUCACUCGAAAAUAAGUGCUAACUCCGCCUGUCUCUCCUCAGUGGUACCAAAUCCAUGUAGUUUUGUGCAAUUGUUCAAUUGUGUGAGUGUUUGGAUCUUUGAGAGAUUAUAAUCCAAAACAAAUAGUCGUUGAAAACAGUCUCACCCCUCCUUAACCACUGGGUAAGAAUAAUCAAGGUUCCUGACAUGCUCUGCCAGCUGGACCACCAUAGUCCUCCACUGUAACCCUCAGUCCUUGGUAACUGCUGAUUACAAAAAGAUUUUAUGGAGUGUGGUCACUUUACAGCAAAACCAAAAGUACCUGUGCAAUUUACAUUCUAAGGGGGAUAUUUUAUUGUUACAAUUCCCACCAAACAAGCCUUUCUUUUUAUGUGAACAACAGUACAUUUGCUUACCCUAAAAUAUAUUUAAUACCUACUGCAUCACUCAUUGUGCAUAUAGGUUCAACUGCCAUGAUCUCUAUGAGAAUUCAUCUAGAGAAUUAGACAUUUGUCACUUCUCUAGAUAUAUAUUUAUGAAUACCUUAGCCUCUUCUAUUCACUCUCAACUUCAUAUGGGAGAUUUUAGUUUAUUUAUUCAUAUGGGACUGAUUUUUUUAAAACAGUUUCUAUGCUCUUUAGUAAUAACAGAGAUGAUACUAACCUGACUUCCACCCUCUGUUAGCCCCAUGCCCACCACAAGGUAGCAGGAACAGGAUUGGAACUAAAGUAAUAGAUUGUUCCCUUUCUUAAUUCAUCAUGAAGUAUUUACUGAAUGCCCAGUACUCCAAGGGUUACACUAGACAUGGGUUAUACAAAUAUAAAUUAUACCUUGUUCUUGCCCUUGGAGGAGCUCAAAGUCUAUCAGGGCAGGUAUAUAUUAUUGUAAUAGGGGUACACAAAAAGUGCUAUAAAAUGUAGAGCAAAGGUCCUGCACAAUCAUUUAUGCAAAGCCUUAGCUAGAGACUUAAACAGAUAAAUUUAUGGAAAAUAUUCAUAACUUUUUCUUGUAUAUUCCACCUUCAAUAAACUGCUUUGUUUCUCUUCUUCAAAGCAAAUAUCUAUCUAUCCAGGUAUUUUUUUUUUCUGUAGAGGGAGAUGGAUUAACUCUUUAGGAACAGCAAGAAAAGAUGAUCUUUGUCUGUAAAGUACCUUGGAAGAAGCCCAAUUCUCUCCAUUCUUUCUUCAUUUCAGGUUGGGGGAUUCUAAAAACCCUCCUUCCCAUUAGUCAGUCUUUUUUUUUUUUUUAAGAUUUUAUUUAUUUAUUUGACAGAGAGAGACACAGCGAGAGAAGGAACACAAGCAGGGGGAGCGGGAGAGGGAGAAGCAGGCUUCCUGCUGAGCAGAGAGCCCAAUAUGGGGCUCGAUCCCAGGACCCCGGGAUCAUGACCUGAGCCGAAGGUAGAUGCUUAAUGACUGAGCCACUCAGGCGCCCUAGUCAGUCUUGACAAUAAUGGCUUGGGGACUCUCCAUGGGGUAGGGACAGCGAUCUCUACUUCCACUCCCUUCCUCCUCUUUGUUCUGUUCUUUCAAAGCCAUGUGUUUAUGACCUCUUGCAUCUCAUUUGCUCUUCCAAAUAUCCCUUAAGAUUUCUGCUGUCCUUCCACCCCUCCUAAAACCCUUCUUUGUCCCCACAAACCAUUUGACUCUAUUUAGAAUGAUCUCUGAAAACUAGAUGAAGUAUCUUCUAGUAAAUAACUGACUAAAAGUUGUUGUCCAUCUAAGUGAGGUCUCACCUCUAUGCCUUGGGUGAGUUUUGCCAAUCCUGAAAGUCACAACUGUCUCUUCUCUGCAGGAAGCUCAUUCACUUAGAGGUGCCACACUGGGAGGCUAAAAAUAGAGUGUAUUCUCCAAGAUAUUCAGGGAAAUAGAAAUCAGGCUGUUGAAAUCUUUCUUAUAAAAAGUCUUGACAGUUUGUCCACGAAAGCUCUGGCUUCCUUUGAAUUCCCCCAUAGCUGCAAUCCAUCAAAUCCAUAUUGUAACACCAGCCUGCCAAGGGGAAUUUGCGACAGUGUGUAGCUCUGUUACUCAUUUUUCUUUAACCUAAAGGUUUUGACAUACUUAGGCUUCAAUUAUCCUACAGGUCACAAGUGGACCUAGUAAAUAAAGAGUUUUCCUUGUUCCUGCAGAUGUAAAAGUGGUUAAUGGAAGAAGGUAUAAGCAAACUCCAAACUUUCAGUAUACAUGGAGGAUAACUGAGUGUUAUUUCAUGUCUCUCAUGCAGUUUGAAAAUGUUUUCUUUAAAAGACACAUAGUGUAAUUGAAUUUCUUUCACAUACUGUUCUUGGUUCUUUCUCAACCUGUCCUCCCUUCCCCUCACCCAUCCCCUUACUUGGUGAAUAUCUAGUUUGUAGAUUUGGGUGUCCCCAGUUUUCAUCUCUGCUCCCACAAAUCCUGAAUAUUUGAAACUCUUAAAGGGAAAAACAGUGUAAACAGACACACAAAGACUUUGUAAAAUAGGGCUGUCAGUAAAGCUUUCUCCAGGACAUCCUAUAUACGCAUCUGUUUAGUAGGGAUAGACAAAUUUCCUUUUGACUUGGCAGUUAUUUGAAACCUUCAUAGAAGGUUUUAAUAUUGAACUCUUGCUAUGUGUGAGUGAUUUUUCUCUUAUUUUGCACUAAGGUACUCUGAGGAAGAACAGAAAAGCACAUUUUUUUUUUAGUGAAAUAUUGUACUUUGUAAGCUUGUUGUCUGUCUUUUGUAAUGUUUAUAGACUACAAAGUGGCUGAACAGACAUGAACAAGGAUGAAGGCAAAAGCUGGUGUUGGUGUUUUGACCACACCUGCCGAGAACAUAUUGAGGAGGAAGAGGGAAUCUGUGGCAACAAUCAGUGACUGCCUCGGGUGUGGAGGGUCAUUGCUCCCACCAUGGAUCAGUGGCAGCAACUCUUCCCACUUUCUUGGCUCCUUAUUCAGGAGUCCCUUCAAUACAUUUGGAUCAUUGUCUUACACAUUAGGGAAAGAGGCAAUAUCAUGGAGUAUGCAUGAAGAAUUCAUUACCUACCUUUGCAUGACAUUUCAUUGACCCUUCCCAGCCCGACUCCAACCACAUCUUUUCCUUUUUCACUAUUUUUAUUUCAUCAAGAUUUUCUCAGGAUGCUUUAGUUGCUAUCACCACAAUGAUCUACCCUGCCCAGGUUGAAUACCCAGAGACAAUUUUAAGGAAAAGAAAAUGUCAAAAAACUUUUUAGAUCCACUAUCUUGAAUCAAAACUCCCAUGUGUGGAAUGCUUGAGGUCCUGAAAUCAGUCUAGUGGUCCUUCUUUCCCCUUCAUUGGUCCUGCCAUAGGCAUGACACACUAUAAAAAGAUAUGAUACUCUCCAUCCCUACCAAUGAUUACUGUCAGGGACCCAUCAUCUAACACUAUUUGGGAACACUGGCUUUCUCAAUCUUUCCCAGUGACACAGGGAAUAUUUUACAAAAUACCAAGAUAAAAUUGGGAGAGUAGUACUAGACCAUGACCACAGGUGAAUCUAAUUGUUUCAGUAAUUAAAUCCUGGUAUUUUCAUUUGCAUCCUGUUCUUUCAUGCCUCAGAUGCCAGCAGUAGCCUCAGAGGAUAUGAACAAGGUUCUGGGUAUGCAAGAGGAGCAUUGUAUUACCCUGCAGACUCAUUGGAAGGCCCAUAAGUAGAAACUUUCAGUGAAAUGUUAAGGUAUAAUAUUAACAGGCAUCUGCCUAGUCAUAUUUUUCCAUUAUAGUCAACCCCACCCCGAAGGCUUUACAUGAAAUAUUAACAUAGUCUCUUCUAUUUGAAUGGCAGUGUCAACUUGUAUAACCUUGCCCUGCCUUAAAUACUCAUGCAAAAAAUAUCAAACCUUGCUUUAAAGCAGCAUAGUUAUAGUGUAAUAGGGACUUUCGAAUUAGUGAGGUCCAACACCAAGACUUUUCUCCUUCUGAAGCUGGUAGUUUACAGGCCUCCUGAUACCCUGUGCUGUCUUAGGCUGUCACUUCCUUCAGUCAACUGGAAGAGGCAAAAAGGGUGCAGGUUGUCACUGGGAAUACAAGUGCAGGUUAAGGGGGAACCAAGAGUCUGCCUCCAGGAUUUAAUAGGUAAGGAGUCAGCAAACAUUUUCUGUUGAAAGCCUGGAUGUUCUAUACUGUCUUUGCAAACCAGAUAGUCUUGGUUGCAAAUACUUACUUCUGCUUUUGUAGCAGGAAGUGGGCCAUACAUGGACAAAGAGGCAUGGCUGUGUUCCAAUAAAACUUUAUUUAAAAAAAACAGGCAAUAGGUCAGAUUUGGCCCAUGGACUAUGACAGAGCAUUACCAUGCCCAUUUCAGAUGGAAGAUCAGUCUCUCUCUGGCAUGGAGUGGCCCUCUUUUUUGAGGAAUUAGAACGAGUGGGCAGAUUAUUUUUAACAAAUAAACAAUAAAAUGCAAAAUAACCUCUCCCCCAAAAAACUAUAUGUCAGACUUUUUGUUAUGGCAAAAGCACAAAACAGGUCACCUCCUUUUGUAGAUCUGCCAGAGUCUAGCUUUUCCUUUGGAACUUUUUUGUUCUUAAGACAGAAUCCCAAGUGAUGUUGCCUCAUUCCAAGUCAGUUUUGUAGACCACGUAACGUCUUAAUACACUGUAUGGGGAAAAAUAAAAGUUAGCCUUAGAUUUCUUUGUUUUCUAUGGUUACUGUUGUACAGAAGAAAAACUUAAACUGUAAAUAAUGUAUAUUUAAUAAAGAGAGAAUUUUGUAUGAUUU